CCCUUACUGGGAAGACAUGGAGCGCUAUGGACACAGUCUACACGAAUCUAGUAGGAAUCUCAACUAAAGGCUUAAAUAUUUCUUCAGUUAGGAAACAACUGAUUUGAGAGACUGAGAGGAAAGAACGGGUGGCCCGGUUGAGGAUGGAGUGUGCAUUUGACGCACAGAAUCUGAUCUCCAUUUCUUUGAGGAAAAUCCAAAGCUCCAGGACGCAGAGAGGAGGCAUCAAGCUCCACAAGAACUUACUGGUAACGUACGUACUGAGAAACGCCAGGCAGUUUUAUAUGAGCAAAAACUUGUCGCAGACGCAGAGGACGCAUCCGUAUGAGGAUGUAGCGGCGGUCCGCGAGAGGCAAGAAUACCUUGAAUUGACUGGGAGCUUUACGGAGUUGGCUGAUGACUUCUACUGCAACUUUACUGGGGCUGAGUCGGACACUUGGCACUGCGGAGCGCACCAACCCCACGGCCAGCCUGCAGAGGUGGCGCACCAAGACGCAUCUGCCUGCGCAAUGGUCGCACCAAGUGACUCUGACCUCAUGGUUUCGGAAGCCUGUUGGAGCUGUGCGGACAAAUCCUCCUGGGAGUUACCUAUCCCGAACACGCAAGCCAACCAAAAGACUGUCCUGGACUUGGACACCCAUGUGGUGACAACUGUCACGAAUGGAUACUUCCACUCAGACUGUUGCGCGCAGCCAAAACAGCCGCAGGGCGCGCAGUGCUACGCAAAGAAGCGAAAGAUGGACACAAGUUAUCAUAUUGUUGAUCCAGAGUUUUAUUUGCCAGACUUUGGGCCGGUGCCGUGCAAAAGGAUGAGGAGUGAGGAUGAUUCACAUUCAGACUCGGAGCAGUUGGACAGCACAAACAUCUCCAACCUGAUCUCAGUGUUGGGUUCAGGUGGACUAUCUGAGUUUGUGAGUUGGCAGCAGACGGACCUUGAGCAAAUAUUCGCCGCUCAGACAAUUUGUUUAAAACAUACACUGUUAACAGGCAGCGGCUGGACCAGAGCAAUCGAAGCAUUUUGAUUUGUAUGACUGUUUUUUCUUUGUAUCGUUUUAUUUUAUUGCUUUGAAAAUAAACCAUGACACGACUGCAAUCCUCUCUCUCUGCUCUGUUAUUGAAAAAUAUUGCUGAAAUGUGAGAGCUUCAUAUCCAUUUAGGAUUACCUUUGCACACUGACAAUUUCUCGUGCCAAUUUAUCUAUUUUUCUCACUCAGUAUAAAUUCAUUGUAUCUUAUUUUUCUGGUGAUUCGUUUGUUGGGGGGAACUGGAGUCUGUCUUUGGUUUGUGUUUCCUGAAGAAAUGAGUUAUUUCUCUGGAAAGAUGUUGGACGAGCACCAUCAUGUGGCCAGUAAAGAUCUGUACAGCCUCAUGCUCCAGCUCCACACAGAGUAUCAGUCUGUAAAUGUAUUAUUUAUAUCAGGGCCUGCUUUGAGUAAUCAAUAAAACUAACAGAAUUUAAAAGAAA